AUGCCCGAGCGUAACGCAGGCGCCGGCGCCCGGAGGAGGAGAUCUAGCAGUAUCCUCCAGGUCUACCAUGAGCCUCCCGAGACUCUCGAGCAGAUCAGCGACCAGGCUGCCCUCCCCAACCUCAAUGCGAACUGGACAAACGCCAAAGGAGCAUGGACCAUCCACAUUGUCCUGAUCGCGUGCCUCAAGAUAUUCUACGACAUCAUUCCCGGCGUCUCCCAGGAGACUUCGUGGACCCUCACCAACAUGACGUACAUGUUCGGCUCGUACCUGAUGUUUCACUAUGUCCGCGGCGUGCCGUUCGAAUUCAACAGCGGUGCCUUUGACAACCUUAACAUGUGGGAGCAGAUCGACAACGGUGCCCAGUACACGCCCACCAAGAAGUUUCUCCUCAGUGUCCCAAUUUCGCUGUUUCUCCUCAGCACCCACUACACCCACUACGAUCUUGCUUACUUCAUCAUUAACUUCCUCGCCGUCUUGGCUGUAGUCAUCCCAAAGCUACCAUGGAGCCAUCGGAUGCGGUUCGGACUUUUCUCUGGCGUUCCCGAAGAAUAA